AUGGGAAUUCUGGGAUCUAAAGAAACGACUCAAGGCGAUUUCAUCUCGAAAACGAUCGCGAAAAACUGUGUGGUUCUCUUUAUAAAGGAUUCCUGCCCAUUCAGUCAGGACGCGCUGGAAAUUUUCAACAAAUUGAAGAUCCCGUUCUGCUCAGUGAGCCUGAAUCAGAUGGAGGACAUGGACAAGAUGCAGCAGAAGCUUGGAGAUAUGACUGGCGCUAGAACGGUACCAAGGGUCUUCAUAAAUGGUAAAUCAAUCGGAGGGGCCGACGAAACUCUGGAACUGGCCCAGUCAGGAAAAUUAUUAGAAAUGGUGAAAGAAUGUGCACCAGAACUCUUGAAAUCUGCUUGUAAACCGGAUUUUGGAGUCAAAAAACGCAACUGA